AUGAAGAGACAGUAUCUCCCGGUGGAUGCGCUCCAGGCAUGGGCAAGACUCAACAGCGUUACUUUCCAUGGUGUUGAGAUUAAGCAGCCUCCUUAUGACGGUGAGGAUAUCGACAAGGGCUCGGCUGUGCUUGCAAUUGGCUCUCCUGAUAGUCAGGAACCUAUUUUGGACGAGCCAGGCCUCGAGCCAGAGAUACUCAUGAAAGUCCCGCCCGAUCUAAUCCUCUCCCAGGAAAGAGUGGAAACUCAUGCAAAGUCUGACAAGCACCUAAAGGAUGUCUUGGACGCAGUCGGUGAUUUUGGGAAGGGAUCUAGAGGUGCGAUAAUGAUAUUCUUGUUGCUCCAAAUCACGCAUUCAAGCGUAGGAAAGGGGGAACAGGUGGGUAUUUCAUCCCCAUGGACAGAGUACAUCAAGUUUUUCCCAGCGGUCUACGAGCUACCUACGUUCUAUACGCUGGAAGAACGCGAGCUACUACGGGGAACCUCCCUGGAGCCUGCCCUAGAUACAAAGAUACAAUCUCUCGCCCGGGAAUUCGACCAUUUACGAGAUAGCACGUUUAACAUCCCGUGGUGUCAGAGGGAGUGGUGGCAUCCUGAGACAGGACAGCUCGAGUUCGACGACUGGAAAGUGGUCGACGCAAUGUAUAGAUCUCGUGCUAUGGAGUUGCCAGGAACAGGUAAUGCAAUGGUACCUUGCAUUGAUAUGGCAAACCACGUGGCUGGGAAUAAGACCGUAGCUCUGUAUGAGACAGACCACGAUGGCAACGCCGUGCUACAGCUGCGGUGGGGUCAACGACUUAAGGAAGGAGAAGAGGUUACAAUCACAUAUGGGGACCGCAAGGGGGCAUCAGAAAUGAUAUUCUCCUACGGGUUCUUAGACCAAGGUUUGAAGAGUGCUCAACAACUCCUCCUUGAUCUCGAUAUCCCUGAUGACGACCCACUUAAGCCACCAAAAAGGGCUGUAUGCGAGGACGGCCCUGGGGUUCGUAUUUUCGAUGCGGGAGACGACCACGACCAAGAGACGGCUUGGCACAGCGAUUUUGUCUGGUGGAUUUGCGUCAACGAGGAGGAUGGAUUGGAAUUCCGGGUGUUACAGACCAACGAUGGGGGAAGAGACCUGCGGGUAUUUUGGAAGAAAGAAGAAAUAACCGGGGCUCGAAAACUUGGGCAAUUUUUGUCAGAGGAUCCCAGAUGGGAUAUCUUUCAGCUGCGAGCAGUGGUGAUAAUCCAGGAACGUGUUGCAAACCAACUUACUCUGUUGCAAGCAGCCACAGAAUAUGUCAGGGGGCUAGCAGAUAAGGUGGAUGAUGUGCUUAUUCGAAGGUCCGUUUGGGAUACGGCCAUGAAGUUUCGGUCUCUCGAGGAGAACCUUCUCACGAAAAGCAAUCGCGAUCUAGAUGAAAAGGUUGGCUCCAGUCCCCAUUUUACAUAUUCUUUUUUGAAGCUAGAGUUGCUUGAAUCAAGAACGGUUCAGGCCUACCUUAAUUCGCAGUGUUCUUCUGCUGACAUUGAUGAGGAUUUCUCCUAA